AUGAUCAUUGACUUACAUCACGAUAUCUUUUUCUUCCUCAUUUUUAUUUUGGUUUUCAUAUCACGGAUGUUGGUUCACGCUUUAUGGCAUUUCAACGAGCAAACUAAUCCAAUCCCACAAAGGAUUGUUCAUGGAACUACUAUCGAAAUUAUUCGGACCAUAUUUCCAAGUGUCAUUCUUUUGUUCAUUGCUAUACCAUCGUUCGGUCUUGCGUUGACAGUACUAAUAAUGGCAUUUGUUGUCUUAUUCGGAGUUCAAGGAAUAGCCUUUCAUCUUGGGAAUGAGAAUGUCACGGAUCUCAAUGUUCUCGUCAUGACCAAUGCUCCUAACGGGGGUGUCUUUCCCAUAGACCAACCUCCCGUUGGCGGACUACCAGACCUCCAGCAGGAAAUGGCGCACGCCACCCAUCCCGAAGACAUAAUUGCGGAGUUGACUUCCAAGGUUGAAAGAAUAUUUCACGAAGUAGGCACUCCUCUUCCUUUAGAGGAAGGUGAAUCUGCGCGAUCGUUCACCGAAAAUCAUGUAUUGUGGAAUAGUGAGGGAGGAGAUACUCUUCAACAAAUCUUCUCCGAUUAUACGGAAGCCGGGGACGCAAGCGAAUUCGUCACAAUAGCCACCAAUCUGGCGAAGCGGUUUCGCCGCGCCGAGCUCGGUGAACCGGAUUCUCCCGACCCCGAUGCGCCUUUGGAAGAGCAGGAGGCUCAUUCCACGAGAUCCCCUAAAAGCACAAAAGCAAAUGACGGGGCGAACGAGGCAGGCCCGUCUUCUUCGCGGAAGCGUAAAAGGUGGGAUGAUGAUUCGGGGUCCGAAGAUGAUGAUUCGGGGGGCCCCGGGGAAUCUCUAGAUCCAGUGGAAAUCGUUUACGAAGGGGAUGCACAAGGGUACAACUGGGAGGGGAAUUCGGUUGGCCGCCAACUUCGCCUGCCUUUCUAUCUGAGUUCUUCCCUCUUGAUGCUUUUGAACAACUCCUAA